GCCGCGAAUUAGCCCGCGGGAGCGCGCUCGCGGCCGCGCGUCUGCGCUUCCCAAGCUCCGUCGCUGACGCGUCGUGGACGUUGGGGAGCGGGAAGGCAGCGGCAGCGGGGCCGGGAUGAACAGCGGCGGCGGCUUCGGUUUGGGCUUAGGCUUCGGCCUCUUCCCUACGGCGGUGAUUCAGGUGACGAACCUCUCGUCGGCGGUGACCAGCGAGCAGAUGAGGACGCUCUUUUCCUUCCUAGGCGAUAUCGAGGAGCUGCGGCUCUACCCCCCAGACAACACACCUCUUGCUUUUUCCUCCAAAGUAUGUUAUAUUAAGUUUCGUGACCCAUCAAGUGUUGGUGUGGCCCAGCAUCUAACUAACACGGUUUUUAUUGACAGAGCUCUGAUAGUAGUUCCUUGUGCCGAAGGUAAAAUCCCAGAGGAAGCCAAAGCCCUUUCUUUACUGGCUCCUGCUCCAACCAUGACAAGCCUGGUGCCUGGUGCAGGAUUGCUUCCCAUCCCGACCUCCAGCCCUCUGACGGCAGUGAGUAGUCUUGGUGUUUCACUUAGCAGUUUGGGAGCCAUACCGGCAGCAGCACUGGACCCCAAUAUUACAACACUUGGAGAGAUCCCACAGCCACCACUUAUGGGAAAUGUGGAUCCUUCCAAAAUUGAUGAAAUUAGGAGAACAGUCUAUGUUGGAAAUUUGAAUUCGCAGACAACAACAGCUGAUCAACUACUUGAAUUUUUUAAACAAGUUGGAGAAGUGAAGUUUGUUCGGAUGGCAGGUGAUGAGACUCAGCCAACUCGGUUUGCUUUUGUGGAAUUUGCAGACCAAAAUUCUGUACCAAGGGCCCUUGCUUUUAAUGGAGUUAUGUUUGGAGACAGGCCACUGAAAAUAAAUCACUCCAACAAUGCAAUAGUAAAACCUCCUGAGAUGACACCUCAGGCUGCAGCUAAGGAGUUAGAAGAAGUAAUGAAGCGAGUACGGGAAGCUCAGUCAUUUAUCUCAGCAGCUAUUGAACCAGAGUCUGGAAAGAGCAAUGAAAGGAAAGGCGGUCGAUCUCGCUCCCACACUCGCUCAAAGUCCAGGUCUAGCUCAAAAUCCCAUUCUAGAAGGAAGAGAUCACAGUCAAAGCACAGAAGUAGAUCUCAUAACAGGUCACGUUCAAGACAGAAAGAUAGACGUAGAUCCAAGAGUCCACAUAAAAAGCGCUCGAAGUCUAGGGAGAGGCGGAAGUCAAGGAGUCGUUCACGUUCACGGGACAAGAGAAAAGAUACCCGAGAAAAGGUGAAGGAAAAAGACAGAGUGAAGGAGAGAGAGAAGGAAAAGGAGAAAGAGAAAGAGAGAGAAAGGGAAAAGGAUCGUGAAAAAGACAAGGAACGGGGUAAAAACAAAGAUAAAGACCGAGAGAAGGAAAAGGACCAGGAAAAGGAGCGGGACAAGGACAAGGAACAAGACAGAGACAAGGAGCGGGAAAAAGACAAAUCCAAAGAGGCGGAUGAGAAACGGAAGAAGGAGAAGAAGUCCAGAACUCCACCCAGAAGUUACAAUGCAUCAAGAAGAUCUCGUAGUACCAGCAGGGAAAGGCGGCGACGGAGGAGCAGGAGUUCUUCCAGAUCUCCAAGAACAUCAAAGACCAUAAAGAGAAAGUCUUCUAGGUCUCCGUCUCCCAGGGGCCGAAAUAAGAAAGAUAAAAAGAGAGAAAAAGAACGGGACCACAUCAGUGACAGGAGAGAAAGAGAGCGUUCCACGUCUACAAAAAAGAGUUCUAAUGACCGAGAUGGGAAGGAGAAGGUGGAGAAGACCAACACACCGGUUAAGAAGGAACACAGUAAAGAGACAGAUUCAAGUGUGAGCAAAGAUGCUGACGAGAAGGACUCCCCAAGGACUGAGGAAGAAAACAAAGUGCAGCAGAAUGGGAAUUGCCAACCAAAUGAAGAGAACAAAACCGACGUGGCAUAGGACCGCCCGCUGCAACUCUCCCUCCACGGUGGGAUCAAAACCCAAAGCGUUCAGUUUGCAGCAAGGUGUACAUGGGGAAGAAACCCACAUAUGGGAACUAGCAGCUCUUCCGGCUAUGAGGUGACAUUGUGGACAUCAUGGAAAUAAUCAGAUGUUACCCAAGUGCACCAUCUUCUGAAGUCUGCAUUUCCUUGGUGGCUGGCACACUUGUCAUGUGGUUCAUUAGUGUUUGCCAAGAAGCAUUGCAAAUCAAUUGAACAUCAGAGGUCCAGAGUUGAACUAUCCCUUAAGACUGGAGAUGAACAUUGGAGGCUCCUAAAGAAAAUGCUAGUUAUUGAAUUUUGUAUUGUUUUACUUUUUUAAAAAAAUUUUCAAUAUAUACAGUUUGAUGAUGUGCUUGAAAUUUGUGCAAAUAUAUAUACACACUCUUGUAAGUAAAGUGCAAAAUAUGUAAGGAAUUUUAACAUUUACUUCACAGGACUUAACAGUGAUUGUGGUAAAUUCUCACUAUUGUGUUUUCUUUUGCUCAAUGUUUUGGACGUCAAUUUUUCUUUAAAACAGUUUUACAGAUUAAAAUUGCUUAAAUAAGUGGAUUAAAAACCAACUGACAAUGCAUGCUACUGUUUGAGAAGAAGAGCAGCUGUCGAAUACUAAUAACAACGUGUUAGUAUUCAGUGUUUAGAACCAUUGGGUCUGCCACAAAAUGAGCAUUUCUUCUUGAACUUUCUUUACAUUUCCAAGCUCAUGAAUAAUACUGCAGUGUGACUUGUCAACUGUAGGCGGCAAGAUGCCCUUAUAAAAAGGAGACUGAGUUUUCAAAAUGGGCUAUGGGAGCACAAGCUGAAGCUCUAGUGCCUUCUGCAAUGUGUGGUGUACUGCUUUCUGGGAUUUUAUAUGUGCUAGUCAUGCUCAAUUCGUAUGGAGUCUAGAUGGCUAUAUUCUGUUCACAACCAUUGGGAAGUGUGCGAGGGCUGUGUCAGAAGCUUUUUCAUUCAGUUAAGAGAAGAAAGUCCUGUUUAUAAGACUUGUGAAGUUUCAAACAACAGCGUAGUUUUGGGACCACCAGUUUUCUACUGUGAUGAUUGAAAAGGAAAUACUUCAAAUCAGAGGAAACUUAUUAUUUGACUUAAUUGGAUGGCCUUAAUAUUACCUCGCAAUCAUUUCUUCUAAUGAUACAGAAAUUAUACUUAAAGGAAGGACUAGGAGCAUACAGAGGUGGUUUUUGUUCAAUGAUAUGCUUAUGCAAGUUUAAGAUACACGGUCAUCCACCAAUCUUAGACUCAACUUUUCAUAGACGGUAUGGUAUGCAAGUAGUAAAAUGAAUACUGCUCAUGUUUUCUGCAAAACUAUAAAUUCUAGUUAAUGCACUAUUCAUUGUUACAUUUUCAAAAAAAAAACCAGAAACACUUCAUUCAUAAAUCUUACUUUAAAAUCAAUUUUAAUUUUAUUUAAUACAACCUAAACAAUCAAAUUACUCAGUUGCCUUACCUCAUGGGAAGGGUUACUGUCACAGAUUUAAAAAGUCAAGUAGCACUUUAGUUGCUUGGUUCCAACUUGAGUCUUGUUUUCAUAUUAAUACUGUUGAAACUAUAAUUAGAAGAAUAGAAAAGCCCUUUCUGCAAGUCAUAAAGCCUGGUUCGAUUAUGAAGCUGCUUAAUCAUCUUCAGGUGUUCAGAUUACUGUGUGUAUGUGUGUGUUUUCUUUUCUGUCACUGUGUACAUUAAACUUUUGGAAAAUGCUUUACUAUGUAAAGUAUAAAUGGCCAUUUUAAUCGUUUAGCCACAUACAGUUGGCUAGUAACAGCUUAUUCUGAUAGAGAAAUGCUUGGGUGCCUGUGGAAAGAUUGUGAAGGAGUGUGUCUCACUUCAACCGCUGUCUUAUUUAUGAUAUGUAAGUAGACUAGAGCAAAUGUUUGAAUCUUUGCUAUUUUUAGGACCAUUUCUCUAAUAAAGUUCAGUAUUUUA